GAAGUUUAUUUUGUUUAAUCUUAAAUGAAAUUACAGCGACCCCAUUUCAAACAUUUGGUCUGCAACCCUGUCCACGCCAACGCAAAUGGAAGGAAACCCCAACAUCGAACUCGUCAACUCGCUGCAAGCUCAAAUGGAAUCUCUCCGAGAAAGGAUAAACCAACUAGAGACCGAGAAUGCUAAGCUCUCUCGUCAGCUCUCCGUUUGCGUCUGCCAGAAGAUUGCAGUGAGUGAUAAAACUCCUGUAGACUGCAGUAGUUCAAUUGGGGAAAUGGAGAUGCUGAAAUUGGAUGAAAUCGGUUUGCUAAACAGAUCAAAAGAUAAAGAACCAGCUGCAGGCGGCAAUGCGAUGGCCUUGCAUCAUUUACCGAAGCGAUAUGUUGCUUUAAAAGUUAUGUAUUUUGGCCAGAGAUUUUACGGUUUUGCUUCAGAGGCACAGAUGGAUCCAACAAUAGAGUCAGAAAUUUUUAAGGCCCUUCACAAGACAAGGUUAGUAUCUGGUGAUAGGAAGGAAUUGCAAUACUCAAGAUGUGGCAGAACUGACAAGGGAGUUCGUCUGUUGGCCAAGUAAUCUCUCUAUUUCUACGAUCAAAUCUUAAAAAAACACCAGCGAGCAACGGAUAUUCUGUAGAAAGCUUUGCUGAGGAAUCAUGUGAUGGAGAAAUAGAUUAUGUAAAGAUACUAAAUAGAGCUCUUCCUAAUGAUAUUAGAAUUAUUGGAUGGUCACCUGCUCCAACUGAUUUCAGUGCAAGGUUCAGUUGUUUGAGCAGGGAAUACAAGUACUUCUUUUGGAGAGAAAAUUUAAAUAUCAUGG